GAUGUUGACUGGUUGAAGAGCUGCGGUUACUAGGAUAUUUUGACUGAAUAUGCCACAGUUAAUGUUUAAUUUAGGGACUAAAACAACAUUUUUAUGUCUGACUUUACUUUCUGAGGUAAACCAGAAUUGUACGAUAUAUAUAUCCUAUUAUGUGUGCCAUAUUUGUGGCCGUUUGCUAUUUGAAUGUUACAAAACUGCAAAAACAGAACAAAUAAGUAGUGUUUACAUAAAUGUGAAAACUUUAUACGUUUUUACAGAUUAAGGAUUACUUUUUGCAGUUAUGUUCAGACCCAAAUAAUUUUUUUUAUUCUGAAUUUUACAUUUUUAUAAGAAAAAUACAUGCUGCGUAUUAGCUCUUUAUGUUUCAUAAAAAUGUUGUUUUAUGAACGUGUGGGAUUGUGGUGAUUCAAAGCUGAGGAUUAUGCUGACAGCAGAUGAUCAACAUUUUGGACAAAAACUGGAGUUGAGUAUGGGUCAAAAUCAAAGUGACGAAGAUGAGGAAGUGGAACUAUCAGACAUCCAGCCUCUUUAUACCAGUUUCAUGAGAGAGUGCCCAAGUGGAGCUCUGCAUCUUCAUGAAUUCCGCAAGAUCUUCGGAGUUCAGAGCACAUCGGAAGUUGAGGCUUUGUACAUGGAAACGCUCUUCAAAUCUUUUGACACAAAUAGGGAUAAUGUCAUAGACUUUAUGGAAUUUGUAGCAGCUGUCCACCUGGUUCUGAGAGGAAAUCUAGAGGACAGACUGAGAUGGUCUUUUAAAGUCUAUGACAGUGAUGACAAUGGAAAGUUGGACAAACACGAAGUUAAAAGGAUUAUAAGGAUCAUUUGCCAACUUAAGAAAGACAUUAACAUGACACCUAGUGAAAUUUGUGACAGGAUAUUUGAACUUUUGGAUGAAAACAAAGAUGGUCAGAUAUCCCUGUCAGAGUUCAUGGAAGGGGCACAAAAAAAUGCCUGGAUUAUGGACAUCCUAAAACUGGACACUAAUGCACGGGGUUGGUUCAGAGAAAACUUGGGGAAAAAAACAUGAGUUUUCAAUCUAAGGUCAUGGCCCAUGGGACAAAACCUUCUUGCCCUUUUACAACCUUUCAAAUGUUGGGGUCUGCAAAUGGGAGAGACCUGGUAUAGAGGUCAGAAAAUAUUUGCCUUCUGUCACGAGCGAGUACGUGCCUCAUCACACAUGGAUCACUUUGAUGUUUAACCAGUCUACAUGUGUAAAAGUAGGUUUUGUCAAAUUUUCUUCUGAGUGUGGUGAUGAUGCUGAUAUUCUUAUGGCGGAUGGAUAUACCCAAAAAUUAGAAUUAGGAAAAAUUAAUAAUUUAAAUUAGGAGCAUGAAUCGUGUGUUCAUAGAGGAAACAAGGUUCCAUAGUUAAUUUUACUAUUUAAAGGUACAAUUUGUAGGACCUGCCACUAGAGGGCGCACUACCAAAACAAUAACAAUCACGUGGUUUGAUGAUGCUAAGAAGGUGCGUGGAAUGAUGGGAUUUGUUGUCUUCUACCCAACCGCUGACGGCCAUCAAUCAGACGGAAAGAUAAAUCAUGGAUUUAACGGAUGAGGUAAAGUUUUAUAAAUGUAUAAACUAUGGAUCAGACACGUCCUCGCGUGGGUCUAGAGACGCGAUGCCCCGCGUUUGGCGUGUAUGCCCCAUAAUACUAAUCGUGUUGAUUGUUAUAAUGGCAUACGUUUUCUGUAAAGAUAUGAAUCAAAACAACUCACCUGUCGAGUAAAACACAAGCGAGAUCGGCAUCUCUUUCUAGGUGAAGUUUGUCGCGAAGCUCUCUCCAUCUAGAAAAUGCAACACUGAUUUUGAUCCUUGCUCUUUCUCCCCUCUUGUCCCAAACUCUUCUUGGGUCGUUUGGUUGGCCCGUACGCUUACGUUUACGGGAGCUGUCCUUGUCGACAGAACCAGCGGCAGAUGGUAAACAGUAAUUAUGGUCCAUAAAUAAGUAACA